GCGGUGAAGAGAAAGGAAAUUCAGAACCGACACUCAGUUCGAAAUCAACGAUUUCACAGACAAAGAACUGCGUGCUCGUUAUCGCUUUAGAAGAGCAUCCAUUUUAUUUAUUGCAAAUCUUGUUGCCGGUGAUAUAAAUCGCAACAAUCAAUGAAAUCACGCCUUGUUGCCACUCCACCAAGUUUUAAUUGCCCUUUGGUUUUGUUCAAGUGAAGGUUUCCUUCACGUUAUAGGCGACACCACCGUUUCCCGUACCAUUACCGAUGUGUCUCGAACUCUUACGGCAAAACAACCUUGCUUUAUCAAGUGGCCUUUGACACAUGACGAAUGUGAAAAAAUUAAAAACGAAUUUUACAUUCGCGGAGGAUUUCCUGGCGUUGUUGGAUGUGUGGACGGAACUCACAUGAGAUUAUAAGCACCCACACAGGAUGAAAGCAACUAUGUCAACAGAAAAGGUUCUCAUUUCAUCAAUGUACAAGAUGUUUGCAACCAUGAAGGUAAGUAACCUUUUUCCUAUUGUAAAACUUCCUGAAGAAAAUAAAAAUGUAAACCUAUAAGACAAAAUUCAUACACGAACCAAAACAUUUAAAGAGAACCGAGCUCUAACCUCAACAAAAAUAUUGUUUGAUUUGAAGGCAUGUUUACCAAUGUUGUUACCCGCUGGCCAGGAAGAAGUCAUGAGAGCCACAUAUUCAGGACUAGUAACAUUUGCACCUAUUUGCAAAACAACCAUCGCUCCCUCGAUGAUGGCGCUCUUCUCGGUGACAGUGGGUACACUUGCAGUCCAUUCCUAAUGACACCUUUCGCAACAACAACAACUCCAUCCUAA